UCCAGGCUGGGGGGGAAAACAGGCCAACAUGGCAAAGAUCAUCUUUUAUGAAGACAAGGACUUCUCCGGGUGCCGUUUCCAGUGCGGCAACGACUGCGUGGACUUGAGACCCUUCCUGUCUCGCUGCGGCUCCAUUAGGGUGGAGGCCGGAUGCUUCAUGAUCUACGACAAAGAUCACUACGGCGGCAAUCAGUGCUAUCUGAAGAGGGGUGACUACCCAGAUCGCCAACAUUGGACCGAUCUGGGCGAGACGGUGGGGUCCUGCCGAGUCAUCCCGAUGGAGCAGGGGACCUUCAACAUGCGCCUGUUUGAGCGCAUCGAGUUCGGAGGUCAGAUGAUGGAUCUAGCGGAUGACUGUCCCAGCGUCAUGGAGCGCUUCCAGAAGCAGGACAUUUUCUCCUGCACUGUAACCAACGGCAACUGGCUCUUCUAUGAGCAGCCUAACUACCUGGGUAGGAUGUACCUAAUCAGACCUGGGAAGUACAAACGGUUCAGUGAGUGGGGGGGCAGGAGCGCCCGAGUGGGAUCGGUCAGACGCAUCACAGACUAUUGAUCACCAAAGAACUGAACUGAUCCCAGGGUAUCAUUUUUUUGGGCCAUGUCAGUACUCUAAUCAGUCAGCACUGCUAGACAAAUUGAACCAUAAGCAACUAUAUAGUGAUAUUCCAAAUAAAAUAUGUCAGAUAAUCAACUAUGGCGCCGAUGUUUAAUAAUCAGAAUGGUGGACUUACCAGAUGAAACACACAUAUCAUAUCCACAUAAUACAGAAAGUGCAAUGAAAACAAUGCAUGACUGUAAGUAAAGUCUGCGUUUAUGUGUGAACACAACAUGGGGGGCAAUCAACAGCAUAUUCACACUAGGCUAUUUUCUAAAAUUAUUAUUUCAUUUCAAUUACUCGCUUAAGUAUAGUCGCGGGUCAGCCAGUGCGCUGUGGGUUUGACUUAUGGAUGUACAAAUGUGUCGGUUAUCAUUCAUCAUCUGCAUGGAAUAUGUCAUUGAAUUCAAGCAAUUAAUGACAGUGGUAACCUUGUACAAAACACUGUGUUGCAUAUUGAGUAUAAUAUAUAUAUAAAUAAUAAACAUUUAUAUGUUUUGUACAUGAGUAUACUGAUUUUACACAUAACUUUAGUAAUGU